GGCUUACCUAGGUACCGAACAAUCAACAUGUGCGAGGGCUGACUUUCGACCAUCUCCUUGAUCGUUAUAUUUAGUUCUCAGUUGAGCAAGACACAAUCUGAGGUCCUUUCGCCAUGUAUUCCUUAGAAACUCCCUGCUGAACCACAUACAUUUGCCAUUAGCCAUAUUCCUCUUGAUCAACACAGCUCCCAGUUCUACGUCAGGAUGCCUAAUCAGGCAGUUUUCGCGAAUGCUUACAACCGUCCUCAAUCUCGAGAAUCACCACGAGUUCCAUACAAAAACGACGCCGGGAGUAAUCCUAUACUCAGAGGUUUACCUCUGGCCAUCAUCUCGUCUAUUAUCGCGUCGUCGUCCUACAUUCAGAAUAUCUUUUGGAAAUUGAACCGUUUCGACACGCUCAAAGACAUCCAAUAUCUCCACGACUACGAACCUCGACAUGAUCCCACCGUCGUGCCUUUGUCAUCCACUUCUGAAGAGCAAGAGCCGUCCUCCCUGACGAGUCUGCCUUCACCGACCCCUCGAACCUCGGUCAACAAUUACUACACUUGCGCCGAUUACCAUAAACUGUACACUUCUGGCGAGCUCACGCCGUCUGCCGUGGUGGAAGCUCUCCUGCCUCUGAUCCGUCGAGAUGUCAGCCCCGCCGGACAGUACUCUGUCGGAUUCAUCGACACCAAGGUCGAACUCGUCCGAACUGCGGCGAAAGCCUCCACUGAAAGAUACCGGCUCGGGAAACCGUUGAGUGUGUUGGAUGGCGUGCCGGUCGCGGUGAAAGACGAGGUUGAUCUGACGGGUUACAAGAAGACACUGGGCAGUAAGCUGGAUUUUACGGACCCCAAAGACCGCACGGCCUGGUGUAUAGAGAAAUGGCAGGAAGCCGGUGCCGUCUUGAUAGGUAAAACCACCAUGCACGAAGUAGGCCUCGACACCACGGGAAACAACCAGACAUGGGGGACUCCCCUGAACCCUCACAACAACGGAUACUACACUGGCGGUAGCUCCAGCGGUUCUGCCUUUGUAGUCGCCUCUGGCGUAGCGCCCAUCACGCUGGGUGUGGAUGGCGGUGGUUCGAUCCGACUGCCCUCUGCCUUUUGUGGCAUAUACGGCCUGAAACCCUCUCACGGCCGCGUGUCUUCCCGUAUCGAUCAUGAAUUCAACGACACCGUAGUAGUGAAUGGACCCAUGGCCAGCAGUAUUGACGACCUCGCUUUGGCUUACCGGAUAAUGGCCCAGCCAGACCCCGUUUCCAACCGGAGUUCUAGGUUCCCCAACCCUCUUUUGCCGUCCUCGCAAGCUGCUCGUUUGAGCCCCGGUGACCAAAAGAAGUAUCUAGGCAUCGACCGAGAUUGGGUGAAUCGAUCAGACCCAGUCGUGCUCGACAUGUUCAACGCCGCCAUUGACCACUACGUCAAAACCCAGGGUUACACGGUCGUCGACAUCAACAUCCCUUUACUCCCAGAAGGUCAAAAGGCUCACGCCUUGACCAUCCUCUCGGAAGCUCGCAGCCAUUUCUCGCCGCAACAGAUCAAAAAACUCUCGUGGCACAAUCAGUUGCUCCUCAACGUCGCGGGCAGCCACGCCACAGCCCAGGAUUUUCUGUUCUCGCAGCGUCUGCGCAACCUCCAAAUGUGCCACCUCGCCUGGCUGUGGGAGGAGUAUCCGGGCAUGCUGGUGCUGACACCCACAACACCCUGCGCGGGAUGGAAAAUCGGCAAGCCGAGCGAUCUCACAAACGGGUAUGGUGUGAGUGACGGCGACAUGAGCUUAAGGAGCAUGGAAUAUGUUUAUUUGGCCAAUUUCCUCGGGUGCCCUGCUAUUUCGUGUCCCAUGGGUUACACUGAUGAUAAUGUCCCGGUUGGUCUAAUGGCAAUGGGAGAAUGGGGGAGUGAGGAACAACUGAUCUCUUUCGGUAAAGAGGGUCGAGGUCUGCUCGAAGGUGGUGACAUUCGGCGACCUCGUGGUGAUAAUCUGUGGGUUGAUGUUUUGGCUGCAAGCAAGACGGACUAAAUAUAAUUCCCCAACCCUCCAAGUCCCCCAUGAGUCCCUGUUUAACCCAGGUAGCUAGGGCCCUGUUUACCUGGCUUAAGUACUCGCCUUUGGCACCUAAUGGAGGUACAUGGAUGUACAAACAAGUUGCAACCAAUGCCCGUUGCUUCUCCAUCUAUGUUUCUUUGAGAACCCGACUAUUUCGGGCUGAUUUGUUUGUUCGUGGUCAUCAGACCAGACGCAAUAUAACUAGCAAUGUUCU